AACUGUUGUGGCUGGCGUCAAGCGGAGCUAGCGGCGGCGCUAGCUCCGCAGCUAGCCGCGCGCGCGCUGACGUCCGUCCACGCAGACGCCAGCGUCACGGUGCUCUUGGCCGUUUGAAUACCACACGGCUAGCGAGAGUCGUUUGCGCUUUCUCGCGAACGGCGGCGGCGACAGCAGCCGCGGGGCGGUUUGCGGCUGAGCCAGACUUCAGGUCAGUACGCGGGGAGCGCGGCUAUCGACCGGGGGGGGAUGCAGUCACAACAAAGCGGACGUCGAAGGCUCAUGACAACACCAAACAUCAGCCAGUUUGGGCUAGCGAAAAAAUGGAAAUGCUGAAGAUGCGACACGUUGGCGUAUUUGACUUUAACAGCUUGAAGAAGAGUUAAACGGCUGCUGGGCUUUGGUCAGAGUUGAACCGACAGUCGGUGAAGAAAUGGGGAACACGGCAACCAAGUUCCGUAAGGCUCUCAUCAACGGCGAUGAGCUGCUAGCCUGCCAGCUCUACGAGAGCAACCCGCAGUUCAAGGAAGCCCUGGAUCCCAACGCUACCUAUGGAGAGUCCUACCAGCACAACACUCCGCUGCACUAUGCUGCCCGGCACGCCAUGAUGCGCCUACUCAGGUCAUUUCUCCUAAACAAAGAUGGCAAUCCUAACAAGCGUAACGUGCACAAUGAGACAUCCCUGCACCUUCUAUGCAUGGGGCCUCAGAUCAUGACCUCAGAGGGAGCGCUGCAGCCACGGAUCUCGCGACCAUAUGAAGAUGAACAGCGGCGAACAGAAUGCCUACAGGUCAUCUUGUCGUGGACUGGGGCAAAGCUGGACCGUGGAGAGUAUGAGAGUGCUGAUAUCAAUGCCACUGACAAUAAGAAAAACACCUGCCUACACUAUGCAGCAGCCUCAGGCAUGAGAACCUCUGUUGAGUUACUGCUGCAGAGAGGAGCAGACCUGUUUGUCGAGAACGAAAACCGCGAGACUCCAUGUGACUUUGCCGAGAAGCAGCACCACAAGGAUUUGGCCCUGAGCCUGGAGUCGCAGAUGGUCUUCUCUCUGGCCCCUGACGCGGAGGGUAUAGAGGCAGAGUAUGCAGCCCUUGAUCGAAGAGAGUUGUAUGAAGGUCUGCAGCCUCAGGACCUACGGAGACUGAAGGACAUGCUGAUAGUGGAGACGGCGGACAUGCUGCAAGCCCCUCUUUUCACUGCAGAAGCUUUGCUACGUGCCCAUGAUUGGGACAGAGAGAAGCUCCUGGAAGCCUGGAUGAGCAACGCGGAGGAAUGCUGCCAACGUUCAGGGGUACAGCUGCCCCACCCACCACCGAGCGGCUACAACGCCUGGGACACACUGCCGUCACCCCGGACUCCUCGCACCUCCCGCUCCUCCAUCACUUCCCCAGACCAAAUCAGCCUGUCAGCGGGAGACGACGACGCCUCUCUGUGUGGUAUCUGCAUGUCUUCCGUCUCCUACUUUGAGGAACCUGUUGACAUGUCCUGUGGCCAUGAUUUCUGCAGAGCAUGCUGGGAAGGGUUCCUCAAUUUAAAGAUCCAGGAGGGAGAAGCCCACAACAUUUUCUGUCCAGCCUAUGAUUGUUAUCAGCUUGUUCCAGUAGAAGUCAUACAGAGUGUGGUGUCCAGAGAGAUGGACAGGCGCUACCUCCAGUUUGACAUUAAGGCUUUUGUGGAAAACAAUCCAGCAAUACACUGGUGUCCUGUGGCGGGAUGUGAAAGAGCAGUACGACUAAACACUCAGGGCCCCGGGACCUCCACUGCAGACCCUCUAAGCUUUCCCCUGCUGCGAGCCCCUGCUGUAGAUUGUGGCAAGGGUCACAUCUUCUGUUGGGAGUGUCGAGGAGAGGCACACGAGCCCUGCGACUGUGACACGUGGAAGCUGUGGCUUCAGAAAGUCACUGAAAUGAAGCCUGAAGAAUUGGCUGGUGUAAGCGAAGCUUAUGAGGAUGCAGCCAAUUGCCUGUGGUUACUCUCCAAUUCUAAACCCUGCCCCAGCUGCAAGUCUCCAAUACAGAAAAAUGAGGGCUGCAAUCACAUGCAGUGUGCUAAGUGUAAGUAUGACUUCUGCUGGAUCUGCAUGGAGGAGUGGAAAAAGCACAGCUCAUCAACCGGUGGCUACUACCGCUGCACACGUUACGAAGUCAUCCAGCAGGUGGAGGAACAGUCGAAGGGAAUGACAGAAGAGGCAGAGAAGAAGCACAAGAGCUUUCAGGAACUUGAUCGUUUUAUGCACUACUACACACGCUUCAAGAACCAUGAGCACAGCUAUCAGCUUGAGCAGCGCCUGUUAAAAACAGCCAAAGAGAAGAUGGAGCAGCUCAGUCGGGCCCUCAGUGGAAGGGAAGGAGGCCCUCCUGACACUACGUUCAUCGAAGAUGCGGUCCUCGAACUCCUCAAGACACGCCGCAUCCUAAAGUGCUCUUAUCCUUACGGGUUCUUUCUCGAGCCCAAAAGCACAAAGAAGGAGAUCUACGAGCUUAUGCAGACUGACUUGGAGAUGGUGACUGAGGACUUGGCACAGAAGGUUAAUAGGCCCUACCUGCGCACUCCGCGCCACAAGAUCAUCCGUGCUGCGUGUCUUGUCCAGCAGAAGAGACAAGAGUUUCUGGCCUCGGUGGCGAGGGGAGUGGCCCCAAAUGACUCUCCUGAAGCACCCAGACGCAGUUUUGCAGGUGGAACCUGGGAUUGGGAAUAUUUAGGCUUUGCAUCACCUGAGGAAUAUGCAGAGUUUCAGUACAGAAGAAGGCAUCGGCAGCGGAGGCGAGGGGACAUGUCCAGCGUCCGGAGCAACACACCGGACCCAGAUGACCUCAGCGACAACACUUUUGACGUGCAGGAUGCUGGAGGUGGCCGCAGACAAGGUCAUUUGAUGGGUCUUGACUCCCUGGAUGAGGAUGAUCCCAACAUUUUACUGGCCAUCCAGCUGUCUCUCCAAGACUCAAGGAUGGCAGAGAUGGGCUCCAACCACGACGCCCUCGCCAACGAAGCCUCCCUUGGCGCGAUCGGCACCUCCUUGCCCUCCAGGCUCGAGCAGAGCGCUCCAGGCGUUGACGUCCUCCACAGAGCCUCUCUGAGCAGCUCCGAGCUGACGGAGCGAGGAGAUCACUCAGCGAGGCUGGGCAACAUGAGCGGCCAGUACUCUCCAGGCCCCGGCGACCCCGUCUCUACGCAGCACUGUGAAAUCCGUCGGCGGGCGAAGAAACCAGCUGGUCCGGGUGGCAGUGACUCCUCCACGGGCUUCUUUUCGUCCUCCACCGACAUGACGGACUCGACCACGUGUGGCAGCAGCGACCCGCUGUCGUCGUCCGCCUUAACAAACGCCAACCUGCUCGGAAACGUCAUGGCUUGGUUUCACGACAUGAACCCGCCGACCUCCUCUAACACGUACUCAAACGUGGAUCCACCCCUCGAAGGCAGAGAUGGCAAGAAAGCUGGUUUCACCGUCCUCACCGAGGACAGAAAACCUCAGGAGGCGAUGGCGGAGGUGGGUUUCUGCGCCCAGAGGUCAAGCGGCGUGGAGGAGAAGGAGGGUGCUGUCGCCCAGAGGCCCACGCAGUUGGAUCUGGUGGGGUUGGACACCAUGCAGCCACCUUACAUGGCAGAGCCCGAUAAAGGCGGGGAGCACGGCGCGCUCACAGGCUCAAAGGAGGGCCAGGUUGAGAGUCCACGGUCCGACUACGCCUCUGACCAGCUGCCCAGCACCAGCUCUUCCGAGUGGGAGGACCACAUGCACCUGAUUUGAUCCGCCCGGUUUGAUCCGCCCGGUUGGGAUUGGAAGAAGGUUUACUGAAGGCCAAAAACCACUACAGAUUGGAGAGGCAGGGCUGUAGGAGCUGCCCAUGUGGAAUGUACUGAGAAGGAGGAAUUUGUUAGUUAUGCAUUGAUGAGGAGUGUGGAAAUAAGCAUUUAGACGGUUUCGUUUCAGUGCAGGAACUUUAGGGCCGGCAGUGAAAUCAGAUCACUGGUUGUUGUUGUUUUUUUUAGUAUUGUGUGCACACACUGCAAUGAGAGCGCUAAAGUCAUCUAAAAAAAACAUUUGAUUAGUUCCUAUCCUGAUUAAUAUAAAUAGCCUUUCUAGAAUUCAGCAGAAUGGAGCUCAGAUUUGUAGAUCAUGUUUUCCACUGGAGUAAAGCCUACUGUAUGAGUGAAUCAGGUCUUGAAGAGCAAAUUAAUCUGUUGCUGUUCUUUUCAAACUAAGUCUAUUGGAUACAGACUGAGAUGAUCCUUAGUACGUCCGUGUCUGCUUUCUUCAUCGGUGCCAAACGCUGACUUGCAGAAGCACAGUUUGCAGUCACCAAGUGGAUCUUUUUAAGCACAUUGUGCCUAAUUCUCACAACCUCAGAAAAGCUAAAAGUGGACGUCCUGAGCCAUAGUUUUGGUCGAGACUGCAGCUCUGUGUUAUUUUCAAGCCCCACUCACUAAAAGCUGUUGCGUGCUGUGUAAAACUGAGUAGUUAAGCACUGCAAUGGUUGCAGACAUGAUGUGAAACUUUCAAAAAAAGGAUAAGAAGAAACAUGUUAUUUGUUCAACUCAAAAGCAGGUGGCCUGCUCAAAAAUAUUUCAAAAUGGACUUGACAAUGGUUAUUCAUCUCGGAGCUUCAGUCUGAAUAGGGAGCGUCCUCAGAGCUUAAAAAAUGAGAAGCGCUGACAGAUCCUGAGGGGGCCGCUCGGUUUGAUUCAGCUCCCCCGUUCGGAUCAGAAUGCUUUGAAUUCAGUGUUAGCGCGUGUGAAAAUAAUGUUUGAGCUGAAUGUUUAAUGCGAAAGACGCGAGAGGUCUCGUUUGUAUGCAGCGGGGAGGGUCAGCCAAAUAAGAAAAACCAGGCUGUCACGUCCAGUCUUACUUUCAUUAAUUAUUACAGCUCAAGUUGUGUAUAGGUGAAUUAAUCUCUGUAGGGUAGCGCAUGAAGACAUACCGAAUUUGCGAGCAGGGGGUCCAUGUCUUUGAAGCGGUUCCCUGUGAAGCCGCAAAUAUAGUGCCUUUGUGUCAGUCUUCACGAUUCAGUUCUUUCCCCCCCCCACCUUCUGAGUGCUUUUUUCUUCUUUUUUUUUGCACAGACACAAAAAUAUGUUACCUUAGAGACGUGUCUCUCUUAUAACAUGUAGUGGGCACACACAAACUCCAGAGUUAUUGUCUGUUAAUCCAGACGGUUGUAGCAUGAUGCUUUUCUUUGGGUUGGUUCACGUGAAGACGAUGCGCUGAUGGACAAGACAGAUUGUGAAACGGUUUGAUAAAAUAUGUUGUGUUCUGUGCAGAGGGGCUCUGCCCCACAUGUCUUCACAGUUUAUCUAUGUGAUUAAAAAGGCAAAUCAUUGAAGUAUGACAGACUGUAUGUGUAUCACGUGUCCAAGACGCAACUGAGAGCAGUUGGACUAUAAUGUAGACAUUUCUGUGUUUUUUUUUUUUUUUUAAAUGAAUGGAUUAGUGAAUAGCAGUGCUGAUCGACCUUAAAGGAUUCAUUUUGUUCAUGGACUCGUGUCUGAUUCAAGUAAGUGAACUUUUGUAAAAACGCCACACGUAGAGCAACACUAAAUCUUAACUGCAGUUAUUGCUUUGAUUUGAGGCUUAAGCAUUUGAGCUGUCAGUGCCAUAUGGAUAACGGAGCCGCGGCGGCUGCAGGUGUCGCCCACCCACCUGUCGGUGUGACGGCGUGCCCGGUCGCUAAUGGGUGCAGUUCCAGAAGCAGGUUCUACUUUACUUACGUUUCACCUCUAAUCUCAAGGUGACUUAUUUUAAGAAAUUCAAAGUUUUUGUAACUCAUUAAGAUUUUCUAUUGUAAAGCGACUAAUUCUUAAAAUGUUUGCACUUUCAUAGUCUAUACUUGAUACAUUCCCUCUUUAUAUGAAAACUGUUUGGUGUGUGAUGCCAAUAAACUGUGUUGAUUUUUA